AUGGAAAACCUCACGCCAGAACAAUGGCGCGAGAUUAUGAACAAGAAGAUGCGAUUCCCCCCGGAGCUCAUCAGUGCCAUUCAAGAGGGGAAAAUAGAGCUGCUGUGUGGCCUGCUGAAGACGGGUGACGGCAUCGUCCGCCAGCUGGACGAAUCCGAGGAUCGGCAGUGGAGGGAGGCCCUCAACCUCUCCAUCCGCCUGGGCAGCGAGGAUGGCAUGGACGCCCUCCUGCAGGGGGUCAAGUUUGACUUCCGUCAGAUUCACGAGGCCCUCCUUGUCGCUGUGGACACCAACCAGCCCAUUGUGGUGAAGCGUCUGCUGGACCGCCUGGACCAGGAGAAAGGCAACAAGAUGGACGUCCGGUCCUUCUCUCAGGCUAUCUUUGAUCACUCUAUCGAUAACUCACAGUUCGCCCCCGGUGUGACCCCUCUGACCUUGGCCUGCCAGAAAGACCUGUAUGACAUCGUCACCAUGCUGUCCCAGAAAGGCCACGUCAUCCCAUGGCCACACAAGAUAUCCUGCGCCUGUCUGGAGUGUCGAAACGGCCGACAGUACGACCUGCUGAAGUUCUCCUUAUCUCGCAUCAACACCUAUCGCGGCAUCGCCAGCCGUGCCUACCUGUCCAUCACCUCUGAUGACGCCAUGCUCAGCGCCUUCAGUCUCAGCAGAGAGCUCCGCAAGCUGUCGCAGAAAGAGCCCGAGUUCAAGCCUCAGUACCUGAGCCUGGAGCAGCUCUGUCAGGAGUUUGCCGUCGAAUUGCUGGGCAUGUGUCGCAACCAGAGCGAGGUGACCACCAUCCUGAACAGCUGUGGAGACGAGAGCCAGGACGCCUUAAAUGAGCAGGCCUUCGAGGAGGGAAUACCCAACCUGUCACGUCUGCGGCUUGCUGUCAACUACAACCAGAAGCAGUUUGUAGCGCACCCAAUCUGCCAGCAGGUUCUGUCAUCUAUCUGGUGUGGGAACCUGGCGGGCUGGAGAGGCAGCAGGACGGUCUGGAAGCUGUUUGUCUCUGUGGGGAUCUUCCUAACCAUGCCCUUUCUCUGCCUCGUCUAUUGGAUUGCCCCAAAGUCCAAGGUUGGAAAGAUCCUAAAGAUUCCCGUGAUCAAGUUUCUCCUUCACUCAGCUUCCUAUCUGUGGUUUCUCAUCACACUACUUGGAGAGUCCAUCACCAUGGAGAUGUAUCGAGACAAAUUUGCUUCGCGGCAGCAGAACAUCCUACAUAGCUCCUUCCACAUGGUGUGGGUGGUCGGAUUCUUCUGGUAUGAGUGUAAGGAAGUGUGGAUCGAGGGGCUGCGGAGCUACUUCCUGGACUGGUGGAACUGUUUGGACAUGAUGGUGCUCAGCAUGUACCUGGCGUCCUUUGCGUUACGUGUGCUCAUCAUGCUCAAAGGCUACUUCCUCUGCCAUGAUCAGAAUGGCACAGAGGAGUGUGUCUACUUCACCCAGACUGUUCGUGACGACUGGCACCAGGAGGAUCCUCAGCUGAUCGCGGAGGUGCUGUUUGCAGUGACCAGCAUGCUGAGCUUCACACGGCUGGCGUACAUCCUGCCAGCCCACGAGUCUCUGGGGACGCUGCAGAUCUCUAUAGGGAAGAUGAUUGAUGACAUGAUGAGAUUCAUGUUCAUUCUGAUGAUCAUUGGAACAGCCUUCCUCUGUGGCAUCAACAAUGUCUACGUCCCUUAUGUCAUCUCUCCACAUCUGGGCAGGUUUAACGAGACCUUCCACUUCUUAUUCUGGACCAUGUUUGGCGUGGCCAACCAGGACUACGUGGACAUGCCGCGGUUUGUGUUGGCAGAGUUUGUAGGAAGGAUCCUGUACGGCAUCUUCACUCUUGUCAUCGUCAUCGUCCUCCUCAACAUGCUUAUUGCUAUGAUCACCAACUCCUUUCAGAAAAUUGAGGAUGAUGCAGAUGUUGAGUGGAAGUUUGCCCGGUCAAAGCUGUACCUCAGUUACUUCAGAGAGGGCCUCACCAUGCCUGUGCCUUUCAACAUCAUCCCCUCGCCCAAAGCCAUCUUUUACAUCUUGAGGGGUAUCUUCAGACGAAUCUGCUGCUGCACUUGUUCUUCUGAGCAAAAGUAUCCCCCCAUAGCCUCGAUGGGCGACAAUAAGGGGUCUGGAGACAGUCCGUUACCGUAUCGGCAGCAGGUGAUCAGGGCGCUGGUGCAGCGCUACAUUGAGUCAGCUCGGAGGGAGUUUGAGGAGACCAAGAGGAAAG